AUGUCUUCCACUGGUAAAACACCUAGAAGUAGCUGGCGACAGCAUUUUAUAAUGAAGAAUAAUGCUAUUGCAAAAUGUAAAUACUGUACAAAAGAAUUAAAGACGUGUAGUAAAACUACAAACUUGAAACAACAUAUGGAAAGAAAACAUUCCGCUGUCUUACAAACUGACGAGAAUUUACGUGAAGUUGAUGUUAAUGAUUCUACGAAGUUGGAGAAUAAUUCAUUGGUGCAAAGCUCAUCAACAGAAGGUGAAGUUUUAUCUUUAACACCUAAACGGGCGAAAUCAAGUAUUGGAGCUGCUUUUAUGAAAAUUUCAGCAUACGCUUCAAAUGGCGAUAAAAAUAAACAAAUAACGCAAACCAUCGCAGAAAUGAUAUGUCGGGACAGUCUACCUUACAGUAUUGUAGAAGGGACAGGUUUUAGAAAGUUCAUGAAGACUGUGGCUCCUUUGUAUCAGGUUCCAUGUCGUAAAACUAUCACAGAUCUUAUUGAUACUAAAUAUGAAGAUAAAAAAACCCUAAUCAAACAAAAAUUAAAAUCUGUUAAAAAUGUCUGUCUCACAAUUGAUGAAUGGAAAGAUAUGCAAUUAAGAAGUUUUUUAGGUGUGACAGUGCAUUUCAUAGAAAACUUUGAAAUGAAGUCAAUGAGCAUCGCAUGUGAACCACUUCAUGACAACCACACUGGAGAAUACUUAUCCGAGAUGAUUUUGAAAGUAUGUGAAGAUUGGGGUUUGCCUAUUGAAAAAAUUGUUAGUGUUACCACUGAUAAUGGCAGUAACAUAGUUAAAGCUAUUGAAAUAACUUUUGGUCGAGCUAAACAUAUUCGAUGCUUAGCACAUACACUAAAUUUAGUGGUUGAAAAUUCUGUGAAUUCUACUGAAGUGAAACUGUUUUUGGAUAAAGUCCGAAAAAUCGUGACUUGGUUCCACCAAAGUGGUGUAGGAGCUGAAGAACUUCGACAGCUGCAAAUGCAGCAAAAAGUUGCCGAAGGAAAAUUAAAGCAUUUGGUAGGAGACGUAUCUACAAGAUGGAACUCACAAUUAUUUAUGAUUGAACGUUUUGUGUUAAUGAGCAGUACAAUAGGGUCUAUUUUACUAAACCACCCGAAUGCACCUCAAAUGCUUCAAGCAAACGAAAUUGUUGUGCUGAAAGAAAUUGAAAAAAUUUUAAAGCCUUUUCAUAAUGUCACCGAAGAAAUUAGCGCUGAGAAAUAUGUUACAGCUAGCAAAGCCAUACCUAUUAUCAAGUGCUUAAGAACUCUUUUAGACGCAACAACAAUAACCAGUGAUUUGGCAAACCAAUUAAAAAAAUCACUGCAAACAGAAUUAAGUAAAAGAUUUGAAAACAUCCAAAAAGUUCACCUUUUCUCGGUCGCAACUUUUUUGGAUCCUAGAUUCAAAAAAAUUCAUUUAGAUGAGCCAUUAUCCUUGUCAAAAACAAUUAAUUAUACUAAUCAAUGUUUGAGUUCGAUCACCAGAAAUGACGACAUUCUGGCAGUGGCUCAUUCUGUAUCAUCUGAAGCGGCCCUCGACGAACAAAAUAUAUGGCAGGUACACCAUGAAAAAAUAAUGGCAGCUAACACGUCAACGACCAAAAAUACCGAGUUAGACUUAUAUAUUACGGCACCGUUAUCAAAUCUUAAGGUCGACCCUCUCGUUGUAUGGAGAAGUUCUGAAGGAACUUUUCCAUACAACGAGAGAAGAAAUUUAAAAGUGUGA